CCGAUCAUGAAUCCUGAAUAUGACUACCUGUUCAAACUUCUUCUGAUCGGUGACUCUGGAGUUGGAAAGUCAUGUCUGCUGCUGCGCUUUGCGGACGACACCUACACUGAGAGCUACAUCUCAACCAUCGGAGUCGACUUCAAGAUCAGGACCGUCGACAUGGACGGCAAGACGGUGAAACUACAGAUUUGGGACACGGCCGGUCAAGAGAGGUUUCGAACCAUCACCUCCAGCUACUACAGAGGGGCUCACGGCAUCAUCAUCGUCUACGACGUCACCGAGCAGGAGUCCUUUAACAAUGUGAAGCAGUGGCUGGACGAGAUCGAUCGUUACGCCUGUGAAAACGUCUCCAGGCUACUGGUAGGAAACAAGUGUGACCUCGUUAGCAAGAAGGUGGUGGACGCAGCCACUGCUCAGGAUCUGGCCUCGUCUCUUAAGAUCCCCUUUCUGGAGACAAGUGCUAAGAGCUCUGAUAAUGUGGAGAGGGCUUUCCUCACCAUGGCCUCUGAGAUCCACAAACGCCUGAAAAGUGAGGGAGGGGGGAUGCAGGGCGAGUCGAAAGAGACCAAGGCCCAGAGCGCCAAGAUCAACAGCGCCCCCCUGUGGCUGGGAGGGGAGAAACAGACGCAGGAGGCCAGUAACUGCUGCUGA